AUGUUGAAAAGACCUCGCUCGAGUAUGGUAUUGAGAAGACAUCGCUCGAGGGUGGUGGAAUUGUUACCUCACGAUGUGGUUGAGCUGAUACUCGAGAGACUUCCGGUGAAGUCUCUGCUGAGAUUCAGGUCUGUAUCCAAGAAUUGGAAAUCGACAAUUGAUUCCCCACGUUUCAAAGAAAGACAAUUGCUCUGUCGUAGGGAAUCACGAGGUCCAGAUGUCCUUUGCGUGGAGCUCAGUUAUUAUGGUGAUGAUGAUCUGGACACAGAUGCUCCAAGUGUUGAGUUGGGGUCAUCAAUAGUUUCUACGAUCAGGUUCCCUACUCGGGCAGAGACUAUUGCCAUGGUAGUUGUGACGGUCUGCUUUCAACACCUCCUCAUCGACAAGUUGAAGAAGGGAGAGCUUGGCUACGGAAUUGCCCAGCUUGGAUUCGUCAAAGACAAAGUCAGGGGCACGUACAAGCCGGUUUGGUUGUAUAAUUCAUCCCCAUUUGGCCUAGACAACGCUACUACUUGUGAAGUCUUUGAUUUUAGCACCAAUGCUUGGAGGUAUGUUGUCCCUGCUUCUCCUUAUCGGAUUCGUGCUCAUCAGAGGCCUGUGUAUUUAGAUGGGUCACUUUAUUGGUUCACCGAGUUUGAAGAAACCAAGUUAUUAUCUUUCGAUCUUCACACCGAAACUUUUCAAGUCCUUUGUAAAGCUCCCUUUGCCCAUGUACAUUGCCCUUACAGCGUCACCAUGUGCAUACUCGAUAACCGUUUGUGCGUGUCCCGGAAAAAUGGGCCCACGCAAGUGAUAUGGUCGUUCGAUUCUUCAGGCGGCAGCAAGACAUGGAAGAAGAUGUGUUCCGUAGAUCUCACCAAAACUUUUUCUUGGUUCGAGAGAUACACACUCUUUCCAAUAGCAAUUUUGGAGAAGACUAAGUUAUUACUUCAUUGUCAUGGAUACUCGCAACCACUGGUGAUACAUGAUCUCCAUGCUAAAUCUUAUGAUAUAGUCUUCAAACCUACCAAACCUGUAGGUUUUCUUUGGCAUCUUGUUUUGUAUUCUGCUUUGUUGGAGUUUAAUGUUGUAUUCAGCACUUUGGAGAAGUGA